AUGCAAGACUUCUGGGAAACAGGCCUCCACAUUAAUUUCAAACCUGCGCCGGAGAAGUGGCAAGUAAAGCAAGACGGCCAUCUCAACAAGUACAUGAAAGUGGAGCCCAUGCCGAAGACGGAUCAGGAGAAGACAGACGCAUUCACAAAGCUUCUGUUUGCCACACCUGAGGACGGCCGCAGCUUUCUCGAACGCAGAGAACGGAAUGAGGUCUCCCGCCUGCCGAAGCGACUGCAGGGCUACAAUGGCUACAAGUCGGCUAGGGACCAUUUAGGCCAGUCCACGUCCUUCUGGGCUAUCCGACAGCACCCAAUGGCCUUGCUUCAAAGUCACACAAGCGACGGUAGCGAUCUGCAUGAACGCACCUGGAACAACUUCAGGAUAUUGGAUGAGGAUCCCGAUGCGCAGAAUGCAAGCUCCUCCCAGAAUUCGAGUGCUGUUCGAUGCGAUCAGCAGAUUUUCAAAGGAAAGCAAGGCAGCUCCUUGAUGGAAGAGGCGAUGCUCCAGAAGAGCUCUUCUUCGAUUAGGAACUCCACGCAAUUGGCCAACAUGCUGCUGCGGAAGAGCCUUACAAAUCAGCUUAUCGACAAGGUCCACGUUACAAUGCGGCAGGUGGUGCAAAAUCUUCUCAAUCAGCCAGAGUUCGAAGCCAUCAUCUGCGAAUAUGCCAAACACCAUGAUUUCAAUCAAAUUGAUUCGGACAAGAUCGGCAAACGCCACAAGAUGAGGAAACUUACGGGUGCCAUGCUGAAGCAAGGAGCUCUGGCAACGGAUGAAACAUUGGAGGAAGGGCAUGUGCCGGCGACUGCAAGGACUGUCCAGCAGGGUACCUAUCGCUUGCUCCAGUCAGAACUCGAGGGCAUGCCGGCUAGGGAAGGUAUGCAAAGGCUCAGCGAAAUGUACAAGGAGAUAUGCCGUUGUGCUGACUUAGACAGCUGCCGGCUAAGCGAACCAGAUGCUUUCUGGUGUUAUGUGGAUGAAAGCACGCUUCAAGGGUGCAAGGCAGAGGGCAUUAAGCUUCGGAAGGAUCCGAGCAACAGGACUUGGAGUAAAGACCUCUGCGACAAGCGAUCGUGUGAGCCUGCGGGCCUUGGCAUGAAGCCACGGAGCAAGAAGGACCUUGAUGUGAAAAGACAUCAAUACCUGGAUGACGAUCACACGAUCAUGAGGUACGGGUCAGACUGUGAUAUCUGGAAGCACACAGACCCAAUGGAAUGGGCAUAUGUCGGGUUUGACACCACCUGCAUCGAGCGAACGCGGAGGGUCGUCCCCAAGAACGACUGGCCGGAGGGCCUGCCGUACAUGUUCUUGUCCUGGACCGCAUGCACAUCCAACAUGUUGUCUGACACGAAGCUGCCUGACGGGACGGUAGGAGGCUUGUACCACGUGAAGAUUCGGUGCACUUGGUACCAGAUGGUCGUGGAAACUUUCCUGAUUCUCGAUUUGAUCUUUACGGUUCCCAUGAUGGUGAUCAUGUACUAUUUCAUUGCGAACCGCUGCGCUGACAACUUGGAAGUCGAGCAGCAGUUCGCUCCGGUAGAUGACUCGUCCGAUUCAUCCGACUCUUUGCUGGAACUUUGUGCGCUGAUGCCUUGCAUUCCCACACCCACGCCUGUCAUGGGAUGCCGCUGCUGGAUCAGCUGUCUUGAGCAAGACAACCGUCAGCGGCAAUGUGUUGCUUUGCCCUACAUUGCACAGGAAGAGUUUCAGCCAGAAGCUCCGGACCGCCGUGCUGGCGAUAGAUUUAAUGACCGGAGCUGCUGGUUAAAAGCACCGGCGCCCUUUGCAGACAUGGAAGUCGCGACUCUGAUGCUCGACGUUGGGAGCCACCUCCCAGAUUUAGCCGAGCCACAACUCACGGCCCGGUUCAAUUGCCGAAUGGGAAACUCAGAAGCGCAGCCUGACCGGCCAACGCCUAUGGCACUCUUGACUCAAGAAGAAUGUGAGGUCGAUGUUUGUGUUUUGGGCACCGGCCUUACCGAGAGCUUAGUGGCAGCAGCAUUCGCGCGCCUUGGGCGCCGGCUGCUCCACUUGGACGCCUCGAGCGCCUACGGUGGCUGCUGGCGCUCACUGUCCCUAGCCGAGUUCGUCCAUUGGGCUGGAGGAAGCACGAACUUCGAGACCCCAGUCUCCCAGGUUUCUGGAGGUGACUUCCGUUCUCUUCCGCCGCAGGCUUGGAAGACCAUUCAUCGGCGAUGUACCACGGCGCCGCUUGGCGCCGAGAUUUUUAGACCGAGGCAUGACUUCGAGGAAGAGCUUGAAAUUCCUCUUCAAGAUGAAGCCCUUGCGAGCGGAGAGAUUGCCCUCAGGCUAGCUCCUCAUGCGCAGUACGGCUGCUUCGUGGAUCGCAGUUUCGAGUGGGAUCCCUUUGACAAGCUCUCUGCCGUAGAGCUUUGCAAAGAGAAGCGGGCCUUGCUGAAGAGCCCAACGUCCUUCAGCCUCGACAUUGUGCCGCGCUUGCUUUUUGGGCGCAGUGACUACGUGGAUGUUCUCGUCGAGUCUGGUGUAGCAAGGUACUUGGAGUUCCAGGGCUUGAAGUCUGCCAGAGUCCUGACACCCGAAGGUCUUUUUGCAGUGCCGUUAACCAAGAGCGAAAUAUUCCAGGAUGCUCACUUGAGCAAGCCCGAAAAGAGAACACUGAUGCGGUUCAUCACUUCCAUCCAGCCCUUCGUGGGUAGCCUCUCCUUUCAAUCUGCAGCUCAGCUGGGCGUGGAUCAGGUCCGCAAGGUAAAGGGCCCAACUGAACUGGACUCCGGCGGCUCCAGCGUCUCCAGCGUUCUGGGAGUUGACCUGCAAGAGCCAUGGCAUCACUUCCUCGAGAAGCAACAGCUCUCUCAGAGACUGCAGGAGUUCAUCACCUAUUCCAUUUGCCUCUGGGACUGGUCACCGCCAUCCUCAUCAUAUCCGUGGCCUGAGCUCUCUUGCGGUGAAGCACUUCGACGGCUCGGCAGCUUCGUUUCUUCCCUCGGUAUGUAUGGCCGUGGCACCAGUAUGCCAUUGCUGUAUCCCAUGUAUGGGGUGGCGGAGAUUGCGCAAGGCUUCACCAGAAUGAGCGCACUUCAUCGGGGAACAUAUGCUUUGCGCACGCGGCCUACGCACCUCGUGGCCAAGAAAGAUGAACAACACGGCUGGCAAAUGACAGGAGUGGUCACCCAUCGCGGGGAAGUAAUACGUGCUUCUACAGUAAUCGGUUCCUGUGACCACAUCGCAGAAGACGGCAUCCUGGAGCAAGGGUCGGACUCGACAGCUUGCAGACGUGCCACCGUAUUGCUGAAUCGUCCACUCCUGGGAGAAGACGGCGUAAACCUGUGCGUAGUGCCUCCGAGCUCGUUUGCACCGCCCCUGAAGAACGUUGUCCAGGUAUUGCAGCUUGACUGGAGCACAGGCACUUGCCCUCGAGGCUGUUACGUGCACCACCUCUCGCAAGCAUGGAUUGGGGAAGAUCCGGACGGUGCGUUUGCCGACAUCGACAAAGUCUUGGAGACUCUCUUGUCGCGAUGUGAGGAAGCCACGUGCCUGUUCCGAUGCAAGUAUAUCCACAAACCAAGGCCCAUCCAUCGCUGGAGCACGGAGGAUUCACCGAUGACGGACUGUAGUGCUGGCGGCAGCCUCGCGGUGGUGGCAGAUCCCUCUGCGGUGCCGCAGCUGGUUGUAUCAGAUGAAAUAGACGAAGCACGCCAGAUUUUCCUUGCAUCGCCAGCUGCUGCUGGCGCGCAUGCUGACGAUUUCUUGCGCAAGCCCGAGCAUGUUGCAGAGGAGGAGCGCGGUGGGGUCAUGGAAGAGUUGGAGCUUUUCAACGAGCAAAUGCAAGAAACCAAGCAAGCUGAGACCGGGAAGCUUCAUGCCGACGAUCUUCAGCCAUGA